UGAUACUGAUUCAUGUCAGCUGUCCUCGUUGAAUACAACCGUAAAUUGAGAAUUAAAAUAUUCUCUAUCCUAUCACGAAGUCUUCCAAUGAAGAAAUAUAAUUUUAAUCAAACUUAAUGGCUUGUGACAACAGGACGAAAGUAUACUUGGGAUAUGAAGAUGAUUAUGUCACUGAUAAACAUCGACCAAAUAUUAAUUUUAUGACAAAUAAGAUCGGUGGAUUUCCAAACUGUUAUGAAAAAAAUAUACUAUCAUUACCACAAUGUAGAUUAUGCAGAUUGUACCAACUCCUAGCUCUCCAGCUAUAUGUUCCAUUAGAUAACUCUAAGUAUCAUCGAACACUUUAUAUUUUCACAUGUAUAAAUCCAAACUGUUGGAAUCAAAAUGAAAGUUGGACUUGUUUGAGAGUUCAAGUACCAGAAGAUGAAUGUAAAUCAAAUGCUUUAGAUAGUAGCAGCAUAAAUAUACCAUCUACAACAUCAUGGUUGUCAGAUGCAGAUGAUUGGGGUGAUAACAUAAAUGACAAUUCUGAACAAAAUGGAAACAAUGUAUUGCCAAAUAAUGUAACAGAUCUUCAUUUUUCAUUGCAAAAAGAUACAGAUAAAAAUAUAAGAGAAGAAUUUUCUGCAUUACAUGUUGAUGAUCCUAAUGCAAAUAGUCCAGCAAGUAUAGAAUCUCCAGUUGGAAUAGGUGCUGUAGGUAGAUUAGAUUCUCCUCAAGCAUCUGCUGAAAUUGAUGGAGAAGAAAGCGAAGUUGUUUGUAUUGAUACUCCAAUCCAGCCUCAAUGUGAUUUAAUUAGUUUAUUACGAGAAGUAACUCCAUUUCCUAUACAACUAGAAUCAAAUACAGAUACAAAAUUAUCAUUUGUUGAAAUAUUUCUUUCCGUCGAAGAAGAAGAUUGCAGUCUAGAUGUGCCACAACAUGUUCGUGAUUUACUCCUUGAAUAUCAAUACAGCAAUCCAGAUUUAUCAUCAAAAUCUGGAGCAGACAUAGAUGAAGGAAAAACUAUAGAAACAGACUCAGAGAAAUAUGAAAAAGGCAUUCCAAUACAUGGGGAUGAAAUGUUUCAUAAUUUCAUCUCUCAAAUACAGAAAAAUCCUGGUCAACUUUUACGGUAUUCUCGAGAUAAUUCUGCACCAUUGUUAUUAUAUCCUAUCAGUGGAUGCGUCGGAAAAUGUCGACAUUGCGGUGGUGAUAUGACAUUUGAAGUUCAGAUUUUGCCUACAUUGAUUUCCAAAUUAACACUGCAACUCCGAGUUGAAAAAAGUUUCCAAAUUGAAUUUGGAACUAUUUUAAUAUAUACUUGCGUAAGAAGUUGUUGGUCUCCAAUGGAUUUAUACAGGGAAGAACAUGUUAUUGUUCAAGCAGAAAAAUUAUAGUGAUAUUACAAUUAAAAUAAAUUUAAUAGAAUUUUGAACUUCCAAUUUUAGAACUAUAGCUGCAUUUUUUUGUAGGAAA